AUGGUCGAGAAGGUAUAUGUGCGCGCCUUCCAGCACCUUCCAGCGCCUUCCAACACCUUCCAGCGCCUUCCAAAGUCUUCUAGCACCUCCCAGCUCUUUCCAGCACCUUCCUACGCCUUCCAGCACCUUCCAGCACCUUCCUACGCCUUCCAGCACCUUCCAGUGCUUUCCAGCACCUUCCUACGCCUUCCAGCACCUUCCAGCACCUUCCAGAACCUUCCAGUACCUUUCAGCACCUUCCAGCACCUUCCCGCGCUUUCCAGCACCUUUCAGCACCUUCCAGCACCUUUCAGCACCUUCCAGACCCUUUCAGCACCUUCCAGCGCCUUCCAGCUGAGUCUGCGGCCGCUGUCGAAGGGGCGUCCAGUUUCCAGGAGACUGGAGGGCAUGUCACGGCUCACCCGGCACCAGACACCUCGCCUCGCGGGGGAUAUUGUCACCUGA